AUGUGCUUAACGGAGCGUACUCACAGGGUAUUUUUUAAAAUGAAGGUGGUAAGAUUUAGUCCUAGCUUCAGCCCUUCCUUAUUGUGCAUAACCGAGCCCUGGAGCAGAGCCUUUGCAAAAGUUGCUUUGACCCUCCUUGGUUUCUUUCUCUGGGGAGCUGCUCUGGCUCUCCUGUUUGGUGGAACCUUUGUGAUCCUCACCUAUGAGAAUUAUAGAUCCUUCUUCCAGAACAAAUUCUUCCUUGUGCCUGGCUGGUUGGCUAUUGGGGCUGCUCUUCUGCUUUUCCCCACUGGUGCUUUAGCUAUGUGUGCCCCACUGAGGAAUUCUCGCCAUCAGCAGGGAACUCUGAUGUACCUGUUACUGGUCUUACUCUGCUUGGAAACUUCCUCGGCCAUUAUGGCCCAGAUCUACUCCGCCAAGGCUGGUUAUCAACUGAAAAACAUCAUGGACUAUUCUUUCCACCUGCAUAACCAGACCAUUCCCAUGGAGGCUGUUGAUUCCAUCCAUAAGCAGCUGAAGUGCUGUGGGGUAUACAAUUACACAGACUGGAUGGUGGCACUUCCAACCCGUCUCCAAGCUGGGCGUGUCCUUGCCCCGGAAAGCUGCUGCAAAGAGACAUAUUUGGAUUGCACCGGUGAUGUAAGUCAGCCAGAGAAACUCUUUAAUGAAGGUUGUCUCAAAAAGCUGGAUGAAAGACUGAGAUUUGUCAUGUGCUACCUGGCUUGGUGUUGCCUGGUGGUAGGAUGCUUAGAGAUGUUGGCUGCUAUUAGCAAUGGAAUACUUAUGAAAGAGCAGCCAUUCCAAGACUUCCAAAUUCUUGAUUCUGCAGUUUUCUAA